GGCGUGCAAGAUGAACAAGUUAUUAUGAGUACGGAUGAGAGCGGUAGUACUGGUGAUGACGAGGACGCCGACGUCGACGUGGAGGGUGUGGAAGAGGUUGGUGGUGAUGAUGAUGACGCGUCGAGUCCCCAUUCGCCGGAAGAUGAACAGGCUGAUGUUGUUGAUGAGGUGGAACAAGAAGAUCUGCGGCCGAGGAUGAGUUCAGGGGAGGAAUUUGGGCUGCCGGCUGGGUGGCAGGUCGAGGAAAGGCCUAGGCUUAGCGGAAAGCUCAAAGGCAGAUUCGAUAAGUAUUACAUUGAGCCAGAGACAAACAAAAGGUUCCGUUCUAUGGUAGAGGUCAAAGAACACCUCCAAAUAGAUGACCUUCCUACCAGAAAGAUCAAGAGAAGGGCAGGACGAGGUCAAGUCGAUUCUGAGGGAACUUCGAGCUCAACAAGUGAGAGAGGGCGUGGCCGUGGGAGAAGGGGCAGCCGUGGCCGUGGCCGUGGCAGGAACUAUGGACCUCUUUCUCAGCCGGUUCUGAGGCCAUUUGCUAGGGGAACAACACUUCCAACUCCUCCUCCUCCUCACCAUCGAGUUGUUUUCGUUGCAAAACGCAACGACGGCGACGAUGAACCGUCGGAUGAUUGUUAAGCGCAGUCUCUAAGCAUCGUAGCGAUCAGAGGGCAUGAACCGUUAAUGAAAGAGGCUUAUGUUAUCCUCAUACUUUAUAUACAGAAGAGAUUUGGACAUGUUUUUAUCAAGGGAGAUUUGAACUUGGUUUUCUCUGGAUAUGUGUG